UUCUCCUCUUUAAGGACACGAUGGGACGUCGAAAUUGCGGAAAACUGUGCCUGCUGUUUGUCGUGCUACUCCUCGCAGCUGUUUUAAAAGUCAGCGGAAACGACGAUAUAGAGGAUUUGGAUCCGGACGUUCAAGACUAUAGCACUGAUGAGGAUUACAAUGACGUUUUCGAUCCAACUACCAAUGGAACCGAUAUGGAGGCUGUGUCAGGGGCCAAAAGUGGUACAUUAAAGUUCAUACGCACAUUAUCGAAUAUUUCGAAGGAUGCAGGCGGUGUUGCACACAUGCGAUGCGAGGUUGUCGGUGAUCCUCCACCAACGAAGAUAAAAUGGUUCAAAAAUGAAGCACCUCUCGAAGAGAAACGACCAAAAAUCACUAUCAAGAAGAUACACGCGCAGACACACGAGCAUGCAGCGAAGAAUAUCGCCGGAAGUCGCUUGAAGAUUAUCAACCUGGACGUAUCGGAUGUAGGAUUCUACACUUGUCGAGUGACAAAUGGAAAGGAUCAGAUACAAAGCGAGGGUACUCUUCGCGUAGAUUCCUCCAAGAGCAGACACGUUCCUGUCCAUCCUGAUCACGCCAUCGGUCAGACAGACGAUAGAUUUUCACCGGAUAUGAUUGGCGAUAGUGACUUCCUGGAUAGCAUUGGACCUGGAGAUGGAUUAGACCUCUCAGGGACUGGAAUGUCAACGCCACACAUCUCUCACCUGGCUUCAACGAAUCCAUUCAGUAUAUUAUCGCCAAGUCCACAACCGACUAGUUCUCAGUCUAGCAAUAUCGACGUUCAUUCAAUCGGCGGCCUUAGAAACGUCAAUAUGCAAUUAUCUCCUGGGAGAAAAGACAAUCAUGAAGGAAAAUGUGAGGUAUACGUAGGAAAAACGUGUGCACAGUUUUUAGGAAAUCAGUCCGUUUAUAUUCCGUAUCCAAUGACACAGGAAUUACUUGAUGACAAGUUGAUGAAAGCUUUUGGCGUUAUUAAAUAUUCAAAUGAGAUUUCGUUAAGUUGUAUAGGAUAUGCAAAACCAUCGCUAUGUUACUCCGCGUUUCCAGUAUGUCGUGAUCCGGCCAGUAUUAUCAAGCUUAAGAACUCUGAAGUUAGCACGAGUUUGUUUCAUCUUUUAAAUUCGAACCAAGGAGAUUCAUCAAGGGAUAUGGGUGACGGAGAUGAUGCGGACGAUAUCUCAAGGUCACACGGUAUUCCCAGAAAACGUAGCCCUACGUUAGGUCCUGGUUCCGAAUUUAAUCCAUACAAAGAUGGAAAGCCUUCCAAUAAGAAAAUAAUUAAUCAAAGCUAUGGUGAUGCACAGUCCUCCGGCAGGAACGAGAUCAAUCGUAAGCUACGAAGAAUUUGUCGACAUGAAUGUGAAAUGUUAGAGAAUGACUUGUGUAAACAAGAGUAUGCGAUUGCAAAGAGACACCCAUUAAUUGGACAUCAAGUGCCUUUAAUUGACUGUUCUGAUUUGCCAAUGGAGAAUACCCCUGAAGCUCACGAUUGUUUGAGCCUUGGAAUUUCCUCGCGAAUCAAUGUGCGGGAUGACGAUUGUUACUGGGGAAAUGGAAAGUCUUAUCGAGGUACCGUGAAAACAAGUAUUAGCGGAAGACCGUGCAUGCAGUGGUCACAUGGGGAGUUCAACCUCCAGGUUUCCGCGUAUCCCGAAUUAGCUGGAAAGCAUUCAUAUUGUCGCAAUCCGGGUGACAAAGAGUCACAACCAUGGUGUUACGUUUACGUCGAUAGUAAACCACAAAAGGAAUUUUGUAACAUACCUAAAUGUGUUGGAAACUUAUGGAUCUACGCAGUUGUUGGUUUUGUGCUGACAGGAGGAUUUGUUGUCAUAUUGGUCUGUUAUUGCUGCUGCUACAGAAGCAGAAAAUCUAGGAGGCAGAUGAACCAUUUGCCAGCGAAUAAAAUGUUAACGGGUAUACAAUGUGACAAGAAUAUAUACGAUGGACGAAGAAGUACUACGCAGCCUAUGGAGAUGAGUUCUCUUUUAGCCGGUCCUGGUAAUACAACUCCUGGAACUGGAACAUUAAGUAGCGGCAGUAGUAGAACAUCUAAUAAUAGAGUACCGCAGUUUACCACCAACAACGUAAUGCUGUUACAAGAACUGGGAGAAGGAGCUUUCGGAAAAGUGUACAAAGGAGAACUACAGACGGGCAAUAAAUGUGAACCGCCGAUUUACGUAGCUGUGAAAACAUUGAAAGAAAACGCAAGUCCAAAAACACAAAGUGACUUCAAACGGGAAGUUGAUCUGAUGACAGAUCUUAGACAUCCAAACAUCAUUUGCUUGCUUGGUGUGAUAUUGAAAGGCGAACCAAUGUGUAUGUUGUUCGAGUACAUGACUCAAGGAGAUCUGCACGAGUUUCUUAUUUGUCAUUCGCCGAGAUCGGACGUUCCUUUAAACAACGGAACUGGAAAAAUUUUGGAGCAGCCAGAGUUCUUACAUAUUGCUUUACAAAUUGCGUCCGGUAUGGAAUACUUAGCUAGUCAUCACUACGUUCACCGAGACUUAGCUGCAAGAAAUUGCUUGGUUGGAGAUAAUCUGACUGUGAAGAUCUCAGACUUCGGGUUGUCACGGGAUAUAUAUAGUAGCGAUUACUAUAGAGUUCAGUCUAAAAGUCUACUACCCGUUCGGUGGAUGCCUCCAGAAUCGAUCCUUUACGGCAAAUUUACGACAGAAUCAGAUGUAUGGAGCUUCGGUGUCGUACUAUGGGAAAUCUACAGUUACGGUUUACAACCGUAUUAUGGAUAUAAUAACCAAGAAGUAAUCGACAUGAUACGAUCACGUCAGUUACUACCUUGCCCCGAGGACUGUCCAACAAUGAUCUACAGCCUGAUGAUAGAGUGCUGGCACGAGGUGGCGAACCGAAGACCGCAAUUUCCAGAGAUCCAUCACCGUCUGCACAACUGGUACAUAAACCAAACAUACCUGAGCGACUUUUGUAACGAGUCUAUCACCAGUUAUUCCGGAAGCAGUCACAAAAGCACAAAUAAAACCAAUUCCACACAGUUGUCAGCGCCAAUCUACAAAUGCGAUCCGAAGGAAAUGAACUUCAAGGGGGCUACGGAACCGACGUUUUGCAACUUGAGCGACCACAGCAACGGGAUCAAGAUGUUGCCUCCGAACUUUCAGAACACAAAUCCCGUGGAACAAAGGCUGAAUUGUGGUUUCAGUGAACACGGUACGCCGAUGAAGGUACCUAGUUAUCCCAACCAGACGACGAACGUUAAUUUGAACGACUACGACGACAAACAGUGCUGUUCACCGAAGCUGAGCGGAGCGAAGAAGGUCCUGCCCUCGGCGCCGCAAGCACCGGGCAAGAUGAACACGCCUAACGGUACCAGACCAAUGCAAAAUGGAGCACAAUUAGUUGUCAGGUUACCAGACCCCAGUAAGGUCACUACCGAGACCAGGGUAUCGAAGUGAACGCGAUCCGUUCAUGGACGAAUUUCUAUUGUUUCUACAUAUUUACAAUAAUCGCUGUACAAGAUAUAUACGGUUCGUUUUGUAGGUACGACUUGAAUCUUUAAAGCUUCAGAUCAUGUUCGUUGAACAGGACAUAGGUACCGGGUCCUUGAUACCUAAUCACUGCCACCUUCCCGUAUUUAUUUAUUUCGUAUUUGAGAUUUACAUAUUUUAUACUGCCGAUAACGAGUCGGACCGGUGGUACAAUCUUGACAAUUUUUAUACAGGUAAUACAGGAUAUACAUACGUAUAAAUAUAUGAAUAUGUAUA